CAAGGGGACAGGAGCGCGUCAAGCCACUGCGGCUCAUCAUCCAAACACCACUCAGCACGGACGCAGACAUGCAGGCCGCCAGGAUGGGAAUCUGCUGGAGACUUUUUCUAUGUUCAUGCCUGUUUUUGGAGAGUUCGUCUCAAGACUUUGGCGCACAGACGCAGUUCAUUUGCACGUCCGUACCCAAGGAUAUGGACAUUUGCGCAGCCACUUUGCAGAACAGCGUGCCGGGGGACGACUUGAAGACCACUGUUAUGCAGCUGCGGGAAACGGUUUUGCAGCAGAAAGAGACGAUCAUGAACCAGAAGGAGACGAUCAGAGAACUGACCUCAAAGUUGUCUCGGUGCGAGAGUCAGAGCGGCGCCGAGCCCGGAGGCAGGAGGAAAGAACCCGGGAGCAAAAACACUAUGGGGGAUGUAUCGAGGGGCCCCGCGGACACUUUGGCGCAACUAUCACAGACUUUACAGUCGCUGAAGCAGAGAUUAGAAAACCUGGAGCAAUUCAGCAGAAGUAACAACUCGGUUCAGGCGAACAGCCUCAAAGACCUGCUCCAGAAUAAAAUCGACGACCUGGAGAAGCAGGUGUUGUCCCGGGUGAACAACAUCGAGGAGGGGAAACCCACGCUGAGGAAUGAGACGGAGCAGCGUGGGAGAGUGGAGUCCACGCUCACAUCUCUCCACCAGAGGAUCACCGACCUGGAGAAAGGUCAGAGAGACAACAGGCCUCUGGAUAAAUUCCAGCUCACGUUUCCAUUGAGAACCAACUACAUGUACGCAAAAGUGAAGAAGAGUUUGCCAGAGAUGUACGCCCUCACUGUUUGCAUGUGGCUCAAAUCCAACGCUUCUCCAGGAGUGGGCACACCUUUCUCCUACGCAGUUCCGGGUCAAGCCAACGAGCUGGUCCUCAUCGAGUGGGGAAACAACGCUAUGGAGAUACUGAUCAAUGACAAGGUUGCUAAACUGCCUUUCAUUAUCAAUGACGGAAAGUGGCAUCACAUUUGCGUCACAUGGACCACUCGUGAUGGUGUUUGGGAAGCUUUCCAAGAUGGUGUCAAGAGGGGGAGUGGAGAGAAUCUGGCACCUUAUCAUCCUAUCAAACCACAUGGCCUGCUGAUCCUUGGGCAAGAGCAGGACACACUGGGAGGAGGAUAUGACGCCACACAAGCUUUCGUCGGAGACCUGGCAAAUUUUCACAUCUGGGAUCGAAAACUAUCGGUGGGAGAGAUUUACAAUCUGGCGACGUGCAGCAGCAAAGCGCAAGUGGGCAACGUUUUUGCGUGGAUGGAGACAAACCUUGAUAUUUACGGAGGAGCCUCGAAGUGGACAUUUGAAGCUUGUCGCCAGCUCAACUGAACUGCAGGGAGGAGAAGAUAAAUGCAUUUGUUAAAGCCACUUUGUUGUCACAGCAUCGGUAAACUAAUUUGAAAGAUCAGGAUUAUUUCAAUGAAUAGCAUCUGGGAUUUGUUAUAGAUAUCCGAAAGCAUCAUUUGCGGACACUUGAUAGAUUUUUACCACAUACUCAUGUGGGACAGGUCACUGGAAAUGGACACUUUUGGCACCCUGUGGUGCUUGAAUGCACCAUCAAACCUGCUUAUGGUUUGGAAAAAGCAGCCGAUAUCGCUCCAGAGAGAAAAGGAUGCUCUCGAAGACCAACAUGUCAGGCCAGCAUCACAAAUAGAGUAGGAGGUCAUGUAGUUUUUAGCAAACAGAUGUCACGCAAUUCAAAAAAACUACUGACUUCUUUAAACGUCUUUUCUGUCACGACUGCCAGGGAUUUUCACUGUGAAAAAAGACAAGGUGGACUUCUUUAAAAGGAACGUCCUCUUCAAGAGGUCAUGAAAAGAAGACGUUGUUUCUCGCUCACUAUUCUUUCUCUCUCACCACCUGCUUGACGUGAUUUUGUGUAAAGAAUGACGUAUUUGUUGCCAACAUUCAAGCCUGAGUGCCUUGGGCUGUUGAAAAAAGAAAUCUCAGCACAUUCAUUAUGAUUUGCAGAGUGUUUGUGUUUAUUUUCAUGUACAUUUAUUUCAAAAUAAGUGUUUCUUGUAAGUAACCCUUUGAAUGAGGUUGGAUUAGAUUGUUUAUUGUAAAAUGCAAUUUGUUGAUGAUAUUGACACAUUUUGCAGAUGUUUGUACUUCAAUGGGAAUGUUCUCUGUACAGUAACAGCAUGUCUUAACUUCUGUAAAUGCUGCGUCAGCAUCUAUGAUCUUUGCUUUUACAAUCCAACUUUUGGGUUGAGAUUUUAUACUGUAUUGUUAUAUGCUUAAAGCAUGGCAACACGGACAGAUGAAAAAGUUCUAGUUUUUGUAAUAAAUUGUGAUACUUCAUCAUA